AGCUCCAUCUAGAGAAUUUCUGCAAAACACUAUAAACAAAAACAUAAAAAAUUUUGCCAAUAAAAUUAUUGGAAAAAUAUUCAAUUGUGUCUAUAAAUGUUAAUAGAGUCAAGAGAUAAUUAAUGCACAAUUUUUUCGUGAUUCAAAAAUUACUCCAAUUGUUUUUAAAGCAUAACCUCCUCAGAUCUUUUGUUUACUUAUAAAUGUCAAUAAUAUAAAAAUGGCACAAUGUCAUCCACUUGUAACUCGUUUGCUUGCAUCUUCUGCAACAGCAGCGGCUCAGGCUGGCAAAAUAAUCCGUGAUAUAUUUACUCGUGGUGAUUUAAAUAUAGUUGAGAAGGGUGUUGAUGAUCUUCAAACAGAAGCCGAUAGAUCCGCUCAAAAUUGUAUUAUUGAAUCACUGAGCAGACAAUUCCCUGGUAUUACUAUUAUUGGAGAAGAAGGAACAUCUAGAUGUGAAGUGCCAUCAGAUUGGAUUGUCACCAAUGUAGAUGAAGAAAUUUUGAAAGUCAAACUUCCAAAAGAUCUUGAAAACGUUUCCCCUCAAGAUAUUUGUGUAUGGGUUGAUCCUCUUGAUGGUACUUCUGAAUUCACUCAAGGAUUAGUGGACCAUAUUACAGUAUUAGUUGGAGUAGCGGUGGGAACUAAGGCUGUUGGUGGUGUGAUUCAUCAGCCAUAUUAUAAAGAUUUGCAAAAAUCGUCCAUAGGACGAACACUCUGGGGCAUUGAUGGCGUUGGAGUUGGUGGAUUUAUGCCAGUUCCAACUCUCAUUGGUCGAAGAAUCAUCACAACCACUCGCUCACAUUCCAAUAAAACUGUGCAAGCAGCCCUAGAUGCCAUGGAACCAGAUGAAAUUCUCCGAGUAGGAGGAGCUGGACAUAAGGUACUUCUUUUACUAGAAGGUAAAGCUCAUGCUUAUGUAUUUGCAAGUAAAGGGUGCAAACGAUGGGAUACUUGUGCACCAGAAGCUAUUCUCCAUGCUGCUGGCGGCAAGUUAACAGAUCUAUACGGUGACUCGUAUUCUUAUGAUGCCACUACUAGUCAUUGUAAUUCUAAGGGAGUAUUAGCGACUGCACCUGGUGAACAACACUCAUGGUAUCUGUCACGCAUUCCUGAUGAAGUUAAACAAGAGAUUUAAUUUGACUUGACUACGAAUAUUUGAAAGGUUUUAUUAUAAAAUUUAUCUUCAAUAUUAGGAAAUAAAAUAUUUCGUUUUUAGAA